GAGAGAUCGGAGCGCAGUGUAGUCGCCGAAGGCCUUGGCAGGGGAAGACAGUAAACACUAAACAACCACCACCAUGUGUGACGAAGAAGAUUCAGCGACCCUCAUCUGCGACAAUGGCUCCGGUCUUGUCAAGGCUGGCUUUGCCGGUGACGACGCCCCUCGAGCUGUCUUCCCCUCCAUCGUUGGCCGCGCCCGUCACCAGGGUGUGAUGGUCGGUAUGGGUCAGAAGGACGCCUACGUCGGCGAUGAAGCGCAAGCCAAAAGAGGUAUCCUCACCCUCAAGUACCCCAUUGAGCAUGGCAUCAUUACUAACUGGGACGACAUGGAGAAGGUCUGGUACCACACCUUCUACAAUGAACUUCGCGUUGCCCCUGAGGAAUGCCCUACCAUGCUUACUGAGGCUCCUCUUAACCCCAAGGCCAACCGUGAGAAGAUGACCCAGAUCAUGUUCGAGUCCUUCAACAUGCCUGCAAUGUACGUUUGUAUUCAGGCUGUUCUCUCUCUCUAUGCCUCUGGACGAACAACUGGCCAGGUUUGUGAUUCAGGAGACGGAGUUUCUCAUAUUGUACCUGUUUACGAAGGUUUUGCUCUUCCCCAUGCCAUCCUCCGUCUGGACUUGGCUGGUCGUGAUAUCACCAACUACCUGAUGAAGAUCAUGACUGAGCGUGGCUACUCCUUCACCACCACCGCCGAGCGUGAGAUCGUUCGUGACAUCAAGGAGAAGCUCUGCUACAUUGCCUUGGACUUUGACGCUGAGCUCAAUACUGCUGCUGCUUCUUCAUCUAUUGAUAAAUCUUAUGAGCUGCCCGAUGGUCAGGUCAUCACCAUUGGCAACGAGCGGUUCCGUGCUCCAGAAUCUAUCUUCCAGCCUUCCUUCCUGGGUAUGGAAUCGGUGGGUGUUCAUGAGACCGUCCACAUUUCCAUCAUGAAAUGCGACAUUGACAUCAGGAAGGAUCUUCUAGCGAACAUUGUCUUGUCUGGUGGUACCACCAUGUACGCUGGUAUUGCUGACAGGAUGCAGAAGGAAAUAACUACAUUAGCCCCUUCGACCGUCAAAGUAAAGAUCAUUGCCCCUCCUGAACGCAAGUACUCAGUUUGGAUUGGCGGGUCUAUUCUUGGUUCUCUGUCCACCUUCCAGGCUAUGUGGGUUACCAAAGAGGAAUAUGAAGAAUCUGGCCCCGGUAUUGUCCAUCGCAAGUGCUUCUAAUUCGUCUGCUCCAUACUGUAAACAUCAAUGCAUUUCCAAAUUUUAUAUUACAGCAUUUCACAGUAAUGGUCCCACCAUUAUAGUUUUCAAAUAAAGGUUUUGGAUAUUGA